AUGCUGGCCUGCUACCAAGAUGGUGACAUCCAGACACCUGACUCUAGCUCGAUCGUUGUCCGAUACUACCAGGCGAAUGCACUUCAUGCGCUCGGUAAGACCAGGACGUCAUGGCAUGUUAUGGGGGAAGCCCUCCGGCUCGCACAGGAAAUGCGCUUGUUCGACGAAGGCGCCUAUCAAAAUGUAGAUGCCGUGGAAGGCCAGAUCUUGAGGAACUUGUUUUGGUACAUGCAUAGUGGAGACAAGUCAGCGUCCAUUCUCAAUAAUGUGCCCAUCACUCUCCAUCAAAUCUUGCUCGGCUCUACCAUAAACACGAGGUUCUAUGGACAGCAGCAGACGGAACUCAUCGACGCACGAAGAUAUGCAGAUGCACCAGACUUUGAGCAAGGGCUAUGCGAAGGCUUCAAUUUAUGCCAGAGAAUGUGGUCGACAGCCUCGAACGUCCUCGUUGACAUCCAGGUUCUCGUUCACGUCCACUUGAGAUUCAACCUCGACAUCCCUACUGGCGACUUGACAAAGGCGGCCAUCACAGACUCAUACUUGUCAUUCAGCCACGUCAUAGAUGACUUACCAACGUGGUUGAGGGACCCCAUGUCGGUAAAAUCAUCUGACGAGCGGUGUGAACGGUCGCAGAGACGAGCAUUCUGGGCUCAGAGAGCCAAUCUGUUGGUAACGUUCCAUUGCCUACGUUUGAUACUUUUGCUGAAAUGUGCCGAGCACGGCCUGUCGUCUCUGCUUGGUCUGUCUGAGCACCAGACAAUGUUGGCAUUCCGCAAGACCGAAAUUGCCAGUGACCUCCUUAAUGUCGCGAUGGGCGUACCAUUCGAGGCCCUUCAAGCAAAUGGAGAGCCAUGCGUCGGCGUCAGUCUCCUGCAAAUACUGAACAACGUAACUAAUCCAUCCAUCGUCGAUCGCGCCAAAUCCCUCUUCACAUGCCUGCUAGACAUUCUGGCCAGCCUAAACUCAAGGGUCUCAGCGGAAUUGAGCGUGGACUACGCUUCAUAA